AUGGAAGUGAAUGAAUUUGUAAGAAUUCAGAUUGACGAGCCAGUAGAUCCGUUAUCAUCACCUGCAUGGUUUGCGGUGGUGCAUUUGGCUGCACUGGAAAUGAUCCAGAUCCUGCUCCCAAGCAGUUCAGCCUCGAACACAUCGUCCUCAUCGGCCAGCGGUGAGCACCGCAACACAAACCGUUACGAUGGCUACGCACAUUCCAGUGCACACGAUCUGAACUGCAUUAAUCACACAGUAUCUUCCGGAAGUUCCGGUUCCUCAUCGCACUAUUCAGGAAGUAACAGCGCUUUUUGGAUUCGACAGCCCAGGUUUAAUCCUAUAAUUUUUAUAUUAGGGAAGACAAAAUAA